UCAAAGGUGAAAGGACUUUGGGGAACAAGAAAUCCUGCUGAAUGGAUUAGACUGAAAAUCUGUUUGAUCUGGCAUUAGCAGUGUGAAGAUGGGCAAGGAGGGGGCAGAGUGCUCGGUUAUGAGACCGAUGCACAAACAGACUGGUAUUUCUCAUUUCUCCCUCAGGGUUGGAAUCUGUUUAUUUGAUUUUAUAUCUUUUCUUUAUUAUUUUUAUGAAUAACUCAAGGCGAUGAAUAUUCCUUCCUCCUCCAAUUUCCCCCUAACAAAAACAAUUCUGCGAGGUGAGUUAUUUAUAAGCCUAGUUGCAGGACUGGAGAGGUAUGUGGGGCAAGGUGGUGGUUGUGGUGCUGCGUGGUGCACAAAAGUGUCUGGGUCCCAAAGCAAGCUUCUCAAAUGCCCCCCCUUGAUGAAAGAACACACACACAUAAACCCCUUGGUGAGAGAACUUCAACCCUCUCCACGCCUUCAUGAGAUAAUUCAGUACCCCUACCACCACAGAGACCCCUCCAAAUGCCCCUCUUGGGGUAGAAGUCUACUCCCUGACACAGUUUCUCUCUCUCUCUCUUUCUUCGUCCCUUCAGAAGGUUCCCCCCCCACACACACACACGUUCUCCCUCGUUCCUUCACAAGCAGCAUGAAAGAGAAAAACAGCGACAGAAGGAUGCUCUGCUUCCUUCAAGGCGACGGCUCUUCCCUCUUUCCCUCGUUUCUUCUUUUCGUUUUUCUCUAAGUUGGGGUGCUGCGGCCCCCGUGCGCGCGGCCACUAGAUGGCUGCAGAGAGACCCGGCCCACUUGGAUGCUUUGCUGCCAUCUCCUGAUCAGAGGGAGAAUUGCAGCUGGGGUAGAGGCGCCAAAGUCGGGAUACUUAGUCUUAAAGAGCGGGGCAAGGGGAAACGGGUAGGGGCAGGCGGCUUCCUCGCGCCAUCCGUAGCUUUACAGCCGUGGCUCUCGCUUGUUCCUGCUUUUUCCAAACCCUCGAUCCCUUGAACGGGCCAAGGGACAGGCAGCGAAGGGCAGGGCAGAUAUAGGGAAGUGCUGGCGGGGCUGUGAUCUGGCUCGUGUGUCUUUGCUCGAGAACGGCUGCGUUCAGCGACAGGCCUCGCUUAGGCUGAAGCGGGAGAAACCUGGGAAAGACCUCUGCAGGGGAUGAAGGCGAACGGCCGCCCAGCAGCGUUAACUCAGCAGCGCUCCGGAUUAGGCUGGCAGUAUGAUUCUUGAUAAAAGUGCUUCUCGGGCGACCGGUUGGUGCUUUCCUUCUUGCCCUUUUGCAGCCCAUCCCGGUCUUGGAGUGCAGGUACACACACGCAUCCGAUCACUGCUUCCCCGUUUCUUCUCACUCGGAUCCUUCGGUUGCGCCCUGACCCGCAAAAAUGGAUUAAACGGUCCGGUUCUUUAUGUUAUUUGAGAAACUCUUUCCAAACGCCACUCUCGGGGGGGGGGGGGUCAAUCUAGAGCUCCAGAUGGAAGCGACGCAGCGCCCUCUAUAGUUUUCACUGAAUAACUACCGCCAUUAAAAAAAAAACUCCGCUUGGUCUCCCAUCCGUCCCCCUGACAACGAGCCUCUCGGCCUUUUGGCUACAGGGCGGAAAUGACAAAGGCAGAAAACAGAGCAACUACCGAGUGCAUCUCCCUGACCUUUGGGACAGGAUAUUUUAUGCAUUCUCACACCUAUUUUUUUUUUUUUUUUUUUAAAAACUCCUCUCCUGUUCGUUUGCAAAAACACCCGAGGGAUCUUCCUGGCGUAAGCGAUGGCGGCCAAGGAGAGCUGGCAGGAUCCACCCCACCCCACCUUACCCCGUCUUCUCUGCAAUCCGGCUGCUGCUCUGCUUAUUUCUGAACACUAUUAAACACGGGACGGCUCCAUCUGCACGGAUUCUCCAUAAUUCCCGUAUGCAGCGGAAAGUGAGGCGGAGAACAUUUUGCUUCUCUCUUCAGUUUCCUGGUUUAUCCUUGUCCUCAGGAGUUGUCAUGAAAAGGGGGAACUUAGAGGUCCUGCGAGAUGAGCCUGCCCCCGGGCACCCCCGCUGCUAGGAUGCUCUUUGUUAUGGCUCUGGCCUGUGCCAGCCCUUUCCUGGACCUACGGCGACGAACCAUCAACAUUCCCAUUAUUUUCAGUGGCUCAACCUAUACACCAGAAAGUGCCCGGUUCUCACUUGAGGAUUUUCGCAAUUUUUCCAUGGAGAUCAACACCAUCCCUGUCGUUCUGAAUGACACCAAUCCUCGUAGCCUAAUUGUACGGCUCUGUGAUGUCCUCUCCUCCUUGCAUAUCCAUGGAGUCGUUUUUGAGGAUGAUACGCGAACGGAGGACGUUGCCCAGAUCCUGGACUUCAUCUCAGCACAGACCUCAGUUCCAAUCAUUGGCAUCAAUGGAGGAUCAGCCAUUGUUCUUACUCCCAAGGAGAAAGGAUCAACAUUCCUGCAGCUUGGUUCCUCCACCAAACAACAGUUGCAGGUGAUGUUUGAGGUCCUGGAACAAUAUGACUGGACAGCAUUUGCUGUCAUUACUACCCUGUUUCCUGGCUAUGAAGAUUUUGUAGAUUACAUUGAGGUCCUGACUGACAGCAGCUUCAUUGGUUGGGAACGCCGCAGCACUGUGACCCUUAACCUUACCGAUGACCCAGAUGGAGCCCGCCUGAAACGCCAGCUCCGAGAAAUAAAUGCCCGUAUUUGCCUUCUCUACUGUUCCCGUGAAGAAGCCGAAAGCAUCUUCCGUGCCGCUCGUGAAGUCAAACUUACUGGUCCUGGGUAUAUUUGGUUCAUGGCAGGCGCCAACUUUGGUAGAACUGCCUAUCUGCCUGAGGAACUGCCCGAGGGUCUGUUCAUGGUGCUUUCAGCAGGAUGGAAAGACGAUCUUUACCACAGAGUACAAAACGGUGUGGCCAUAAUUGCCAAAGGGGCUGAAGCCCUCUUCCAAGUCUACGGCUCAAUUCCAAAAUUCAACAGCGACUGCCGGGCACCCAAUCUCACCCAGUUCAACGAGAAUCUACAUCGAUAUUUCAUGAAUGUCACUUGGGGUGACAAGGACUUCUCCUUUAAUGAGGACGGCUACCUGAUCAAUCCAUCUUUGGCUGUAAUCUCACUUAGCAAACAUCGGACUUGGGAAGAGGUGGGAAGGUGGGAGCGACGGAUCCUGAGUAUGUCACGCUAUAGGAAAUUCCUACAACCCGUGGAUGACAACAAGCACUUGAUGGUGGCAACUUUGGAGGAGAGGCCCUUUGUAAUUGUGGAUGACAUUGAUCCUGCCACCAAGACUUGUAUCCGUGACUCGGUGCCCUGCCAUCACCCUCUCAACCAUACUGACAGCAAUCAGUUAAAGAAGAGAUGUUGUAAGGGGUUUUGCAUUGACAUCCUGAAGCGUUUGGCGAAAACUCUGGGAUUCACCUAUGACCUCUACCUUGUCACCAAUGGCAAACAUGGAAAAAAAGUCAAUGGCAUGUGGAAUGGCAUGAUUGGAGAGGUGUUUUACAAGCGAGCUGACAUGGCAAUUGGAUCCCUGACCAUCAAUGCAGAAAGAGCCGAAGUCAUAGAUUUCUCUGUGCCCUUCGUCGAGACAGGCAUCAGUGUCAUGGUGUCCCGCAGCAAUGGAACUGUUUCACCUUCUGCCUUCCUAGAGCCUUACAGCCCUGCUGUUUGGGUGAUGAUGUUUGUCAUGUGCCUGACGGUCGUUGCAGUGACUGUCUUUAUCUUUGAAUAUUUCAGCCCAGUGGGCUACAACCGCAGCCUCAGCAACAGCAAACGCACUGGAGGCUCCAAGUUCACGAUUGGAAAAUCAAUCUGGUUGCUUUGGGCAUUGGUAUUUAAUAAUUCUGUGCCUGUGGAGAACCCCAAAGGGACUACUAGCAAGAUCAUGGUGCUGAUCUGGGCAUUCUUUGCUGUAAUCUUCCUUGCCAGCUAUACAGCCAACCUGGCUGCCUUUAUGAUCCAGGAGGAGUAUGUUGACACGGUGUCUGGGCUGAGUGACCAGAAGUUCCAGAGACCCCAGCACCAUUAUCCUCCUUUGAGAUUUGGCACAGUUCCUAAUGGUAGCACCGAAAAAAAUAUUCGGAACAACUAUGGAGAAAUGCACGAAUAUAUGGGGAAAUACAACCAGCGCAGUGUGGAAGAUGCACUUCAGAAUCUGCAGACAGGGAAACUGGACGCCUUCAUUUAUGAUGCAGCUGUCCUCAACUACAUGGCCCGCAAGGAAGAAGGUUGCAAACUUGUCACCAUUGGAAGUGGGAAGGUCUUUGCCACGACAGGCUAUGGCAUUGCCCUGCAAAAAGGAUCCAAAUGGAAACGGCCCAUUGACCUGGCCCUACUUCAGUUUCUCAGCGAUGAUGAGAUUGAGCUCCUGGAGCGCCUGUGGCUUUCAGGGAUUUGCCACAACGACAAAAUUGAGGUGAUGAGUAGUAAACUGGAUAUUGACAACAUGGCAGGAGUCUUCUACAUGCUUUUGGUAGCCAUGGGGCUGAGCCUGCUCGUCUUUGCCUGGGAACAUCUCAUCUAUUGGAAACUGCGCCACUGCAUGAGACACACGGGCCGGCUGGACUUCCUACUGGCCUUCAGCAGGGGCAUGUAUAGUUGUUGUAGCAGUGAAGACCCCAAAAUACCAGACCAGCAGCAGUUGCCCAUUCUGAAUCACACCUACGGACCAUCACGAGGUGCAGCCCCAGCUCUGCCCAGUCCUCCUGGGCCUCCGCUCCCCUGGUCCAGCUUCCUGCCUCGUGAACGGCGCAUUGUGGAGCGGUGGCGUCAUGCCCGUAGCCCCAACUGUUACAAGGAUUUGUACCCCCCUACACCUGCAGAACUCCCUACCACUAAACCACCACGCCACAGCCUCAAGAGUCCUUUCUCGGAUGGCUUCCACCGAUUCUAUGGCCCCAUCGAACCUGAAGGGCUUUCAGAUCAUGUCAGUAGCAAAAAAAUGGCACCCUGUCAACUCUCUCCCCCACAGUCUUCCCGUGGGCUGGAAAACCCUCCGUCCUACUUCGCUAUAGUGCGGGAAAAAGAUUCUCCAGACAUGCCACCGGUGGCAUCAGGUUGGCAACGCAAAUCUCUCCGGGGUUUGUAUGAAAGUUUCCAAGCAGGGAAAGGGGCUGGCCGAGCUUCCGAGGUGAAAAAAUAUGAUGGUCCUACAAGCAGUUAUCCUACUAAAAGCCCUUGUGAGUUGGAGAGAGGCACCUCCCGGUCUUUCGGGAAAGAGCGAAGCCGGUAUGGCUACACCCGGCUCUCCUACGAAGAUGAACGUUCCCCGCCGGUCCCCCGUUACCGACAUGCUGAGGAAGCAUCUCUGCCACGAGCUGAGCCAGAAGCAAAAUGCCCAAACACGUCAAGCCGCGAGAGGAGCUCCCGGGCUCAUAUCUGCCGCAGUCAUUCUCACCCACUUGCCGUUGGUGCCAGUUUGCACAGCCAAAGUCAUUAUGUGGACUUUUCAGACUCUGAUUCCGACAUCUGUGAGAGGGAUAGUGAUGGUCACAGCUGCUGGUACCAGUCGCCAGAUUAUUUCUGCACCUACCCCUCCCGAGAGAGGCAGCUCUUUGCCACACACAAGCCUCUACACUACUGGUCGGCCGACAAGUUGGCCAAAUGCCACGGGUGUCACGGUCCUUGCCAGCACUGCCUGAGCCUAGAAAUGCUCCCACCACCCACUCCGCCGUGCCGCAAGGAAGCCUUGCAUUAUUUGAGCUGCUCGGAAGAGCAUUUGGAACGCCGGCUGGACUGGGAGCAUCGACACUGUAGCCACUACAGUUGCCUAGUUCCUCGGCGUCGCCACGGCUUCCACCGACGCUGCCACCACCAUUCCUGUGAGCUGGGGCCAGGCGGUGGAGUCCUUCACCCGACCUCCCGUAGUCUGGAGGACCUCAGCUCCUGCCACAUGAUGCGCUGUGGGGCUUCCCAUCGACACCAGGGUGGCUUCUCCCCGGAGUGGCUGCCACGCCGGGUGAGUCGAAGCGGGGAGCUUUUUGCCAGGCGCGGUUCGGCCCAUUUCUCCAGCCUGGAGUCCGAGGUAUGACCAGCGCCAGGUGGGGCGGGCAUGGGAGAGGGGUAGAGAAAGACAUUUAAGAUGAAAUAACAGAAAAAAGACUGAAUUGUGGUUGAGACUCAGAAGGUGGAGAUGGCACCGUGACCCAACUCAAGGAACAAAGGCAAUACCACGACGAUGGCCACAGAGAGGGGGGUGCAGAUCAGGGCCACCAAUGAACCCACUAAGGGCAUGCUGCUAUAAUGCCACCAAGAAGAGAUGGCAUAGUGUCAUAUCUCCCUGCCACAGAGAAGGGGAAUUGUUCAACCAAAAGAGUAUCACAGAUAAAACCACAGUGGGGACUGGAACCACUAAUAUUCUCAUUUAAAAAAACAAAAAAAAAAUCAGAAGGGAGAACAGAGACGACAUCUCAGAGAGGGGCAACACUCUGCUACUGCUACCCCAAGUGCCACCAGAAUAGCCCCCCUAACAAAACACCCAAUCCCUUGCACCAGCCAAUUUGCAGUGAGGGGUGGGGGUACAGGGGAGCUGUUCCCACCUGCGUUUCCAUAACAGACCUUUUAUAUCCAGAAAAAGGGCUUUCCUGCCACUCUGUGGCACUUCGGUGGGGUGGGGUCCUCUGAUCGGUGGCAAUGGGCUACUGCAACAGCAGGACUGCUCCUCUUUGAACAAGAGCCGAGUGAGGGUCCCAGCAGGUGGGGGCAAGUCCCUGUCCUCCCACAGAUUGGCAGCUGGAGCAGCCAGUGCCAUCUCAGGCUCCAGGGCAGGAGGUGGGUGGUGGAGGGCCUCCUCCACACGACUGUUUGGAUCUUGCGGUGGGAAAGGAUGGUAGGAGACAAAACUGUGACUUUGUUCAAACAGAAAACUGUGAUAUUUUUUCCUGCACAUUUUCCUCUUCUCCCGUCUCACUUUCUUUGCUCUUCUUGUGCUUACUUUUAUUUCUUCCUUUUCUCCAUCGCAUAUAUAAAAAUUUGCAAUCAUGGGCUCCCCUCAUUAUGGAGAUAGCAAUCCUCAGCAAAAAAACACCACCUCUUAGGCAGAGGCGUGCAGACUCAUCCAUCUGGGUGCUGAGAUGGACGUAAAUAAGUCAAUGAAACAAUCGCAGUCCUGCACUUCACGCAUCCCACCUGAGUCAUAUCCGAAAGGGUCUCUUCUCACAACACCUGCACCCCAUAUCCACCAGUGCACUGAUGCUCUCCAUGUUAAGAGAGCGAUUAUAGAAAAUGAUAGCAAACAGGAUUGGGAUGCUCUUCAGUUGACUGAAAGGGCACAGUGCUUCAACUGAGCAAAACAAAGCCAAUAGAAGAAAAAAAAGUCUGAUGCAAUAGACAGAUCAUUUCCAUCUACUAUCUUAAGCCAACUGUGCAGGGCUUCUCUGUGCACACAGCAGGGGCAGAAACGGAAGAGGUGGACGUGAUUGUGUGACUUCCCCGUCCCUUGCUUGCAAAGGGGUAGUUGUGCCAUGUUGUGUGGGAAACUGAAUGGGCUGCUGCUCUUGCAGACAUUUCUUGUGCUUCUUCCCAUACAAAAGAAGCACAAAAUCACCAUACGCACUUACACCACAAUUGGGACCAUAAUUCUGUUGCUAAGCAAGGCAGUUGGUAAGUAGGCUUACCCAGUCUUAUGAUCUUUUUGCCACAGUUGUUAAGCAAAUCACAGCAGUUAUUAAGUGAAUCAUACAAUCACGAAGUGAAUCCAGCCGCUCCCAUUGACUUUGCUUGUCAGAAGCUGGCUAGGAAGGUCGCGAAUGGCAAUUACAUGUCCCCGGGAUGCUGCAACGGUCGUAAAUACAUGGAGCCGAGGUUUAGUUAAAUGACUGUGGAGAUGCUGCAACAUUCAAAAGUGAGAGUCACUUUUUUCAGUGCUCUUGUAACAUUGAAGAGUCACUAAAUAAACGGUUGUAAGUUGAGGACUAUCUAUACCUAAGAGUGGUCGAAGGAAUGGAAAUUUGUCUUCAGAGCCCAAGAUCUUGAAAUAACCCCACCUGAAAUCUGACUUCAGCUGCCAAAUGUAACACCAGACAAAACUAGGAAAGAGCCAAGUUUUUAGAGAAAUGUGUGCUAUCGUUGAUUGGUAGAAUCCACUGCAACAGGAUGUGAUUAGCCACCAUUGUUGCACUUUCUCAAGGAGUGAAAUUUUAAAUUAAAUGUCUGGAAAACUGCAGUAUGACUGAUAAGUAGGUGUGAGAGGAGGGAGCGUAGAAUGGCAAUAAUUCAGGAAUCAGCGAGGAUUGAACGUGCUACAAAAAGCUUUGCUUCCAGUGUUAUUUAGAACUUUUCUCUAGUGUGAGGUAGCAUGUAUCCUAAUCAAGUUUGGGGAGAAAUAAGAUUGGAAGGUGGUAGAGCCUUCUGUUACCAUCAGGCCACUGCCAGAUUUAUGUAAAACGACUCAAGGAGUCUCAACUUUUCUGGCCAUUUUCGGCUGCCCUAAGGACAAAGGACUAGCCAUUCAGAAGUGACUGCCAAGAUGGUAUGGCCCAUGUCCCCCCCUCCGCCAUGACCUCAAAUAGAAUGGGCCGUCUUGAUAAGACAAGGACAUCAAGCAGUAACUAUAAAGAGUAGGAGGAAUGGCAGAGGAGAACUUUUGGGUGGGGAGGGCCCAGGCAUAGUUGUCACCAAAGUAAUUUAUUAGCAAUCUAUUUCCUCCUGACAACCUAAUAAAAAUCCAUUAGGAUGAGAAGGUUUUGCUUUGGGGGACCAGAUGGGAGGGAACUCCACAGGCAUAAGCAGAAGAAAUAUUCAAAACCUUUUUUCUUUGCAUUCAUUUUGUGCUGAUACCUUUCUUACUAACCCCAUUUUUGGUUAUUUGUAUGACCCUUCUUUUAACAUCAAUUCUAGCCCAUGAAAUAAGCACAUCCAUUUUAAGGUUAUCCCAAGCUCCCAGUUUCCAUUUCCAUAGAUAAGGCAAUCAGAGAUUCUGCCAAGGAAAAACUUGUGUGGAGGAGAGUCGAUUUCACCUUUAUUUCAGAAGUUGCCCCCCCCCCAGCCACAGGCAUUGUGUUUGCCCAACUCCCCUUUCACUGUGUUUGUGCAUAUCUGUGCAGAAUUCUAGGCAAGCUCAGUACCGUAUUUGGUGUCAGGCUCAGAAUUACAGAUCCUGAACCUUCUUAAUAUUUCUGGUCCAUAUAACUGAAAGAAGGCAGUUCAAAAGAUUAAGCUAUGUCUGAAAAUAGGGGUUUCUCCAGAUUUGGACGUGGGAAUUCACUAAAUGGAUCCUCCUUAAGUUGGUGGGUUUCAAAUUCUGGGGCUUGUUGAGUGGCUCCAAUUAAUCUACUGUUUUAUAUUUUCUAAAUUGCUCUUGAUGGAGCACUGCAGGGAAGGAGGUGGUUUAAAAAUUCUCAUUUCCCAGAGUAAUGCUUUGAUUGCAAAUGUAGCCAUUUGGAGUAGAGGGCAGGCCUCAUUUGAUGUUUAAUGCACGUUUGAGGUCUGCUUGCCAAAGUCUGCCAAGCUUAGUAGGAUUCUGGGGGAGAAGGAGGAGGCUUACUGGAGUUCCUGCUCUUUCUGUGUGGAAGACUAGAAACAGAACGAGACCACCAAGCAAAUACUGGAUUCCUCCAUCUGUGAGCCUUCAACAGACUGCCAAUUUAAACUUGUCUCAGUGCAGAAGGGGAACCAAAUUUCCACAGUUUCUGCCUCUCAGACAGGACUCCCUGGGCUAGAUAGGCCAUCAGUCAGACUUAGUAAUCAGAUUCCCUCCUUGCGCUGUUCCAGAGCCAAGUGAUGCUUGUUCGCAGGGCCUUGUUUGAGGCGUUGCACUUCAUUUGAGCCCCUUAGUCAGAGCAGGAGCUUGACAAUUUGAGAAAGAUGCAGAAGGCAGCAGCAAGGAUGAUCAAAGGUCUGGGAGAGGCAAGUUAUACAUUGAGAUGCUAAAGGAACUGAGGCUGCUUAGCCCCAGAAAAAUAAAAUGUAGUUGUUGAAGGAAGAGAGACCUGGUGGCAGUCCUCGCAUCUGUUUUAAAGUGUUGGAAGAGAACCCAUGAAGGAGACACAAAAGAAGGAGCUUUUAAUGAACUGGAAGGUGAGAGGAAGCCGAAGACAUGAGAUUGAAUCAUGAACACCACUGGGAUUUAAAGGAAGCACUGAUCUCAUGACAUUUUGUCACCAAUAAUGAAAAACACUGUGGUGUCAGUUAUUCCCUGUCCUCCCAUCAUUUUUCCUUGAGGUGCUCAUGUUCUUGAAAAUUAAUAGAGCCCUAAGGGAGACGUAAGGGGAAUAAGACUGUUUCUGGGAAAACCAGCUGGUCCUGGCACACCCCAAACUACUCAGCCAUAGAACAUGCUAAGCUGGUGGGGCACUGGCUUUAGGAACAGGGCGUCCUGUCUCAGGGCUGGGGUUGGAUCUGAGGGUCUGCAAAGUCCCACCCAACCCUCCAAGUUCUCCAAUACAGUAGCAGCAAGAGUGGCCCAGUGCCAGGUGCCACAAUAAUACACUGUCACUCCCAAACUGGUGCAUACACUGCCAAACACUGAACUGCAAGAAAAUCUCUCUCUCUACACACACACACACACACACACACACACACACACACACACACACACUCCCAGUUACACAUCUACAGUCAAGCACAAAGACAUACAAGCACAUACCGAUCAUGCCAGCAGACAGAGUAGUCCAGCUCUGCAACUGAAACCCACGUUGCGCCAAAUGAAGCUAGUGUGCGGCUGACAGGAGUCUGCACAGCAAAAAAUAAAAAGGAACCGCAGUCAAUGUCACAAGCACAGGGCCUCCAUCCCCAGCGCAGGAAGGCAGGGUCACUGUCACCCACCUGUGCAUAUGCUCUACGCUGGCGGUGCAUUCUCGAAGAACGAUUGUAAUAGGACUGUGGCUCUCUCGAUAUUUUCCCUCUCAUGAGGUAAGUGUAUCCCCACUGUCACUUGUGAAGUGUAGCAAAAGACUUCCUUCCACUGUGCAUCCCUGGGUCUGUCUUAUGUGAAGUAGCCCCUUAGUCUAUAGCAACCAAGGAUGGAUGGUCAUAGCACCCCAGAGAGGACCAGCUUGGAUGCCAGCAAUUCAUUUCAUGUCCCAUAAACACAGAGGCUCCAGUGACACUGCAGUAGGAACUCAAAAGAAGCCGUAGCCUAUUUGAAAACAUGCAGCAGAAUAUGCACUUCCGUGAUGUACGUCUCAAUUAAGACAGAGAUACUACCAUAUGUGGAAACUCAGAGCCACACACACAAUGCCCCUCACAUAUAGACACCCAUCGAGAAGUCCAUAAUUUCUGCCUCUCCCAAUUGUGCUUUUAUUCUCUUUUCUCUCUCUCUUUCCUUCUCUUUCUCUCUUUUUCCUCGUGUCUCUCUUGGUCCCUUUUCCUGGGGGGGGGCAAUUUAGUAAUAACUUUAGAAAUGCU